UACAACAACCAUGAAAUUCGCUCUGGAAAACACAUUGGUGUGUGCAUCUCUGUUGCCAAUAAUAGGCUUUUUGUUGGAUCUAUUCCCAAGAGUAAAACCAAGGAGCAGAUUGUGGAAGAAUUCAGCAAAGUAACAGAGGGGCUUACAGAUGUCAUAUUGUACCAUCAGCCUGAUGACAAGAAGAAGAACAGAGGUUUCUGCUUCCUGGAGUAUGAAGACCACAAAACUGCUGCGCAGGCCAGACGUAGGUUAAUGAGUGGCAAAGUGAAAGUCUGGGGGAAUGUUGUCACAGUGGAAUGGGCUGACCCUAUAGAAGACCCAGACCCCGAAGUCAUGGCAAAGGUAAAAGUCUUGUUUGUACGUAAUCUUGCCAACACUGUCACGGAGGAGAUCCUAGAAAAGGCCUUCAGUCAGUUUGGGAAGCUGGAGCGAGUGAAGAAGCUAAAAGACUAUGCGUUCAUCCACUUCGACGAGCGGGACGGAGCAGUGAAGGCAAUGGAAGAAAUGAAUGGCAAAGAUUUAGAGGGAGAAAACAUUGAAAUUGUUUUUGCUAAGCCACCAGAUCAAAAAAGGAAAGAACGGAAAGCUCAGAGACAAGCGGCUAAAAAUCAGAUGUACGAUGAUUACUACUAUUACGGGCCGCCCCACAUGCCGCCCCCGACGCGCGGCCGGGGCCGAGGAGGCCGCGGCGGCUAC